AUGUCCACCAUCAACUCAACUCAGCCAUCCCAGACUGACGCCUCUCAACCUACUCAAAACACCACCCAAGCCUCGGAGACUAUAACCCCUCACCCGACAAAUCACGAAACACCAGCUAGAGGACGUGGGAGUCGCGGCGGCAGGGGUGGAGGCGCCCGAGGUCGAGCCCGUGGUGGCCGGGCAGUACAACGUGGAGGUCAAACUCGAAGCCAGCCAGGUACUCGAUCGGCUCCGCGCUCAUGGACCAAGGAUCGCAACCGAGACGGGCUUUCGUCCGUUGACCUGAUUGUUGAAUGGCUAACCGUCGAAGGCCGCUAUGACCUCUGGCGGAAUUCCACUGUCAGCAAACGGGAGGUGUGUGAGCUGAUCAAUCAAUACUUGAUCGACAACGGCGGUGAAAGUCGUUUGUGGCGUGGCAUUGAACAACAGGUUACUACCCUUGAGAAAAAAUUCCGUGAUGCGCUGGCGUGGCGAGACCAAACUGGCCAAGGGAUCUUGGAUGAGGCCGAUGAGCUGGCCCAACAAGCUGGCGGCAACUCCGAAGAUGAGGACUUUGUCGGUAAUGCGAUUACCGAGACCGAAAAAAAGAUUCGAUCGAUUUGUCGUUACUUCUACGAGCUCGAACCGGUUAUGCUCGAUCGACCCUCCGCUGUCCCCUUGAACACACAUGAACAAGGGGAUGAUGAUGACCUGACUCGUGCUCUCAAUCUCGAUCGGAACGAGGACCGUCCCACUACCCCUGAGCAUUGGAGCGCGUCCGAACGAGGUGGACCCGCAUCACCGGUUAACACCCUUGGACUGCCGUCUCCUGACGUCAUCCAGUCCUUACCUGCCACGGCCAGAUCUACGGCGGAAACUCCUGUGGGAACUGGCACACCAGCGGUGGCACCGUCCCCUUCAAAUAGGGUGGCCUCGAGGUCCGCUCUGGCUGCUCAACGUCCAGAUGCUCAAGCUCAGCGGCGAGUCAGCUAUUCUGAGAGGAUUACCGACCGGCUGUUUCCAUCUCGGGAUGAAAUGGCCAGUCAAACGACUGCCGAGAUUCAGAUGAAUCGUGACCGAUUAGACACGGACAAUCGAAUGGUCGAUGCGAACAUCUCCCUGAUCAAUGCCUUAAGUCAAGGCCUCGCGCCUACAGCCAUUUCGCCCGAGCAGAUCAGCCUUCAGAACCGCCAACUUCAGCUUGAUCUCCAGCUCCGAGAGGUGGAAGUCGCUCGUGCCCGAGCCGCUUUGGCUGCCGAGGAGGCUUCAGGUGCAGCGUUUGCUUGGGCGAGGAUGGUCCAGGACUUCAUUGGAUCCGGAUUAGCACCAGCCGAAGCCCUUGAGAUGACUAAUCAGAUACUCGGGCCGGUCUUGUUGGCCCCUCCACAGACUCCUGUUGACCCUUCUCAGACUCCUGUUGACCCUUCCCCGCCUUAUGAUGAAUAG